ACCGAAGAUGCAUCGGUUCAAGCCAGCGUACGGGAAGCCGUGGGUGACAUGGUGCACUUUCUCAAAAAGACUUCCGAGACUUUCUUUGAUGAGCCCGAAGAUGAAGUCAUUGAGAACAAGGGAAUUCCCGAUGAAUUGCCCAAGCCGUCGUCUUCGCGACGAGUACCGUCCGAAGCCGAAGUGGAUUCCAAUUGGACCGAAAAGGAAGAAGCCGUCUCCAAGAAAAAGUGGAGGAAGCGCCGGUGGUUCAAGAAGAUGCUGGGCAAAUAA